AUGAGCCUCUCAAGCGUCUCUCCUUUUCCAAUCCAACAAAAGAAAAAGAGUACGCUUGAUGACCUUGAAGAUCUUGUCAAGCGUCUCAACGUACACAUCGACACGCUCGACUCUCACAUUUCCAAACCUUCAGAUGAACUCGAUCCUUGGGCAACCCACGUCCCUACCCACUAUGCAGCACUACUAGACCGACUCCAGGUUUCUUGUUCAUGCACACACAAAAGACCUCCUUGUUCUUCCAAUGUCGUUCCGGCCAAAGACGUCCCAUGGCUUGAUCCAAUAGAGCCUUUCCAGGACAAAAAACCGGAAGACCCACUCAGACGCCAAUAUGCACAUUGGUGUACCCUGUUGAGGUGCUUGCCAUUUCUGGAUUCUAAAGCUCAAGAACAGGUACGCACAGUUGGAGUACACGGUAUGCGCGAAAUCCUAAAGUACAAGGGAGCCGGCGGGUUUUCCAAUGAAGUAUCGUACUUUGAUAAACACACGACAAAAAUAGCAACACCAGCAGCAGGCGAGCAAGAGGGAAAUGGAGAUAGAAGAGGAGAAGAAGAAGGGUAUGAUUCUGGACGACUUCGGGAUUCAAUGUGCUUUCCAAAAAAUACCACAGCAAAAAAUAAUUAUAGUAAUAGUAAUCACAGGGUUUCCGAGCGUAUGAUGAAUGAAUAUCCCAGAAGCGCCUCAAGUUUGAUGAGUAAACUUAAUGGGUCGACUACAUUGAGUAUACUCCAUGAAUCCGACAACACAUUAUAUAAGAUGAACUUGUCGAAUGGACUGAGUCGAUCAGGUGGAUUGUACAGACCUAAUGGCAGUGGUGGCUCUGGAUCAUUGGGAUCUAAAAUGUCUCCAUUGACGCAAUCUUCAGUGGAAUCUUUGUGUGUACGGAAACCAACCUUCAAAGGGUGGUUGAAGCGUAAGAAUAACUCUACAAAAAGACUGUCUCAUUCAAGUACUCUUGAUAAAUUAACCGGUUGGUUUAAAUGA